AUGCAGCCACAGUAUUCGGCCCUUGCGGGCGCGGCAUCUUCCAGCAGAGGCAUCACUUCUACUAGGACACCCACCAGCCCACCUCGUCUUGCUACGCCGCCGCCGCCGCCGCCGCCAACCCACCCUUCGGACUGUUCCCGGCACGAACGCAAACAAAAAGCCCAAAUUGUCAACGUUAACGCAAAGACCACGCACAGUCGAGCUCGGAUACACGAUGUCGCCUCAAAACCUGCCGCUCUGGAUGCUGGAGCUGUUGACAGUGCUUUGCUUCAAGAACCUCUACUACACGCGCAUCGCGAUAGCGCUUCUGGCACGAGCCCUCGCCGGAAGCGCCAGAGAAUACACGGUGACCGUUUCAUCCCCUCCCGCUCUGGUCAAGAUUUGCAGGCCAGCUUCAGCCUUCUCCACGAGGACGGUUCCCCAACGACGCCUUCGAGGCAAAAGAAGCGAACGCCUCACGGCGAGCUUCAUUUUCAGAAAACCGAGGAGGCGAACCGCACUUUCUCCACUCUUCUUCGGGCCGAGCUCUUUGAGAGCUCAGUGCCCCAACCGAGCCCCCCAACGAUAUCCCCGGAAAUCUCUCUUCCAGCCUCCUCCCAGGGCGGAAUGGACGGCACACGAGCACGCACGCCGCCCGGUAACGGCACUGCUUCUCCCCUCCCCUCGUCGUUGACUCCAUCGACUCCGCAUAAGAAUCUUUUUUCUUACAUAUCCUCCCGUCAUCAACAUCACAUUGCCGGCCAUCCAACGCCGUCCAAAACGCCCCAGGGACGCCACGGCCCCAACCUGGACACUAGAGCUGAGAUAUACAGCCUGUCCCCCGUUCGCUUUGGCAGCCAGCAACUGCUCCUUAGCCCCCGGAGACAGCCCCGAGCUGUCAGCAAGGUUCCAUACAAGGUCCUCGAUGCCCCCGAGCUGGCGGAUGACUUUUACUUAAACCUCGUCGAUUGGGGAAGUUCCAACAUGCUAGGCGUGGGCCUGGGUGCAAGCGUUUACAUGUGGAAUGCCCAGACAAGCAAGGUCAGCAAACUAUGCACGCUCGAGGAUGACACUGUCACCAGCGUGUCCUGGAUACAGAAGGGAACACAUCUGGCCAUCGGCACCGGCAAGGGCUUGGUUCAGAUCUGGGAUGCGGAGAAGACGAGGAGGCUGCGGACCAUGACCGGGCACACCGCGCGGGUUGGUUCGUUAGCCUGGAAUACCCAUAUUUUGACCUCUGGGUCACGAGACAGGCUCAUUUAUCAUCGAGAUGUUCGCGCUCCCGACCAGUGGCUCAGGAAGCUUGUCGGACACAAGCAAGAGGUGUGUGGGCUGAAAUGGAACUGCGAGGAUGGGCAACUAGCAAGCGGAGGGAACGACAACAAGUUAAUAGUCUGGGAUAAGCUCUCAGAUACGCCGCUGUGGAAGUUUUCCGAACACACAGCUGCUGUCAAGGCCAUCUCAUGGUCUCCCCAUCAACGUGGCCUGCUCGCUUCCGGGGGUGGCACUGCAGAUCGGCGAAUCAUCUUCCACGAUACAGUCAAAGGCUCCAUCAUCAACGAAAUCGACACAGGCAGCCAGGUGUGCAACAUUGCCUGGUCGAAAAACUCGAAUGAGAUAGUGUCCACGCACGGUUACAGUCAGAACCAGAUUGUGGUUUGGAAGUAUCCCUCAAUGACCCAGGUCGCCAGCUUGACGGGGCACACCUAUCGUGUUCUGUACCUUGCCAUGAGCCCGGACGGCCGUGUCGUCGUCACUGGCGCUGGUGAUGAAACAUUGCGCUUCUGGUCAGUCUUUGGCCGUCGCCCGGGAUCUCGGGAGGAGGGCGAGAGCGGUGGAGGUCCGCUGACUGAUUGGGGCAUUAUUCGGUGA